AUUUAAAUUUUAGGAUUUUAAGUAGAUCUGCCUGCCAGCCCUCCCAGCAAAUCUUUCUGGUGUUGCGUCUUGAUCCUGAAAUUGGAUUUGGAAGGAAGGUGGCAUUCCUGGACAAGGGGAAAUCGUGCAGAUUCUUCUGCCUACUCCUUCUGAUCCUGGGCUGCAGCCAGAAGAAAUCGGGACCAUCCUAUGGAAAAGAGUGUUGGAAGUACACAGGGAGCAGAGGCCUGAGGGGUGAGGGUUUCCCUGUGCAGUGAUGCCCGGGAUGGGUGUGCUGGCCGCAGCCCUUCUCCCCUUCCUCAUCCUCUCCGGACGCUGGGCUUCAGCUGAGAACAUCAACUUCUACAACAUCAGGCCUCCACUUGACCCCACUCCGUUCCCAAACAGUUUCAAGUGCUUCACCUGCGACAACGCAGUGGACAACUACAACUGCAACAGAUGGGCUGAAGACAGGUGGUGUCCUGAGAGCACUCGGUACUGCCUGACCGCUCACCUGUUCACGGCGCGCGGGGAGAGCACCUCGGUCACCAAGAGAUGCGCCACGGGCGAGGAGUGUCACCUGGUGGGGUGCCACCGCCGCGGGGACAGCGGCCACACGGAGUGUGUUUCCUGCUGUGAAGGCAUGAUCUGCAACGUGGAGAUCCCCACCAACGCCACCAACGCGGUGUUCGCCGUGCUGCAGGCGCGCAGGACGGCCGCGGGCAGCCGCGCCCUGCCCAGCCUGCUGCCACUGCUGGCACUGCUGCCACUGGUGACAGUGGCACUGUCCUGACACGGCACCCCCGGACAGAGCUGCUGGGACAGUCCCUGGGCCAGGAACCCCCAGGGUCUCCAAGGAGAAGUGGCUGAUGUUCCCUCGUCCCAGCAGAUUUGAGGAAAGGCGCGUCCUGCACUCCUUGCGUGUUUUAGUGGGAAUCCUUCCCCGUCAGUAUUGAAAAUAAACCCCACAAACACCCCCAGUGGGGAGGACUCAAGGUUUAAUUCCCUGUUUUCUGAAGAAAAUGCACAUUUUUGUGGGUUUUGGGACAGAGCUGUGACAAUCACAAUCAGAAGGAGCAUUGGGUGGAUCAUCUGGAAAGGUGGGAAAUGGAUCAUCUGGAAAGGUGGGAACUGGAUUUAAACCUUUUAUGUGCAAAAACAACUCAGAGUUUCUUAUCCAGGUGUGUUUGAGCUUAUCUUGAUUUCAUAGCGAGCACCUCUGGUUUUCAUAGAGAACAAAUAUGAGGUGGGGUUUUUUUUUCUGCUUGAUCAGAGCUCUUAUUUCUCCUGGCAAUAAUACAAAAUUAAUUAUUUUCUUUCUGUAAAAUGUCUCAUCCUCCUCCUGUUUUAAAUCAGUGGGAAAUGUAGAAUUCCUAAAAAUCCUGUUGCAGCACCCAGAGCAGAAUUCCUGAUCUUCCAAAGCAAAGGGAUUAUUUCCUUGCAAUUGAGUCUCACCUCAGAAUAUCACAAAUAUAUUAUUUUUGUGAUAUUGGGGUAUCACCACUUUCAAAUCACAGCUACGGUCAAGCAGCUUCAUUAACCUAAAAAUUCCAAGUGGACAUUUGGAAUAAAUAAGGAGGGAACUCUGCUAUGUUCUCUCUUGAUUUGCACAGGUUUUUUCCAGGAAUAUUAUUGUCCUGGCAGAUGUUUUCAGGAAGGAUGGAUCACUUAAACUGACUCAAAAAAGAGAUUUGGAGCUGUUCCCCAAAAAAUUAGAGUACAAAAUUGGCUCCUUUUACAUCAAUAUUGCCUUAAUUAUUUGCUGGUUUGUGUCACUAAUUAUGUUUCGUUAUAAAAAAGAUUUUGAAAUAUUUCCAGGCCUGUUGACAUUCCGAAAUUUCCUCCACAAUAUUCUUAGAAUGCUGCAGAAAGGUGUCUGAGUUCAGUCUGAGGCUCCUGGAUGGGCGAUUGUGCAGCCACAAAAUUUGGAUGGAAAAGCUUUGUCCUUGAGGAAGGAAAACAGUUCUUGAUGUCUGAGUCAAGGUUUUCCAAGAUCUGGAUUCUCAUGAAUCUCUCACUCCUCAAGAUCUGGAUUCUCUCUUUUCAUAUCUGGAUUCUGUGCCAUCCAACAGGGCUGGAAUUCUGCUCUGGAGCCAGGCGGGGAGAGCUGGGAAUGUUCCUCUGGAGAAGGGAAGGCUCCAGGCAGAGCUCAGAGCCCCUGGCAGGGCCUGAAGGGGCUCCAGGAGAGCUGCAGAGGGACUGGGGACAAGGAUGGAGGGACAGGACCCAGGGAAUGGCUCCCACUGCCAGGGGCAGGGAUGGGUGGGACACUGGGAAUUGGGAAUUCCUGGCUGGGAAAGUGGGGAGGGGCUGGAAUUCCCAGAGCAGCUGGGGCUGCCCCUGGAUCCCUGGAAGUGUUCAAGGUCAGGUUGAACUGAGCUUGGAACAAUCCUUGAGAGGCUGCCCUGGAGCAGAGGCUGGCCAGAGCUCCAGAAUAAAGCAGGGAUUGAUCCAAGGAUCUCCUCCAUGGCUGCACCUCGGGCAGCAGCAGAGCCCAGCCAGGGCUGCCCCCAGGAUGAACCCAAAUGGCCCCAAAAUGCACGAGCGCUGCCGGGGUCUCUCCCUGGGCUCAGCUCUGCUCCAUGUGCACAUUGCAGUUCAGUGGCCAACCCCACUGCAGCCCCUGCAGUCCCACCCUGCUUGUUUUUCUCUCUGCAGCCCACGGGCUUUGUGCUCCUGGGCUGGCAUUGGGAUCAUUUGUCCUUGGUGCCCAGCUGGAGCAGGAAUUGUUUUGUGUCCCUGCUCUGUGCACAGAGCUCAGCAACCCUUCAUGUGCAGCUCAGAACUGCACACCAAAGCAGCACAGAGUCUGAAACACAGAAAAGAUAAACCUGAGGCACGGUUGGGACCGUGGGAGGUGUCCCUGGAUGAUCUGGGUGGGCUUUAAGGUCCUUCCCAACCCAAACCAUUCCAGGAUUCUCUGAUAUCCCAUAAUUACCUUCAUCCUUCUGCUCCAUGAAGGAUUUUUCCAGAUGAAAGGAUUUUUUUUUUCUGGUGGACAAACCAUUCCAGGUUUCUCUCUGCUCCACGGGGAAUUCCUCCAAGUGGAAUUUGGCUCCCACAUUUUGGGUCAUUGGAUUUUUCCUGCACAAAUUGCUCCCAAAUUCAAAUUUGGGGAAUAACUCUUGCAAUCUCAACGAGGCCUCCAAGAGCUCUGUGCUCUUGUAGGAGUCGCUGUCAAUAAUUUACAAUAAUAUCAGUACUGAGUUUUGGGGUUUUUAUAGUGGAGAUGCAAUUCCAGAGCUUUUGGGAAUGUCAGGGAGGCCCUAAAAAACUGCUGCAGCAACAAAAAAUAGACAUUUCAGGAGGUUUUAUUUUCCUCUGUUGAAUGAAUUUUUUUUUCCCCCUCACUGGAAAGUGAAGAAAUUCUGAAAUUAAGAUUUUAAACCUCAUAAAAUGCCUCUGCUUUUGGGAAAGAAUUGUUUGGGAUAAACCCCAAUAAAUCAGCUGAAGGUUGAAGGAUGCAGCCUGGGCAUGUGAAGGGAUUUGACCUUGGAUUUUAUUUUUUAAAAUCAGAAUUUUAGAAUUCCAAGAGUGGAGGAUAUUAAUGAUGAAUUUUAAUCAUUGGGAUGCACCAAUCCCUUUGUUAUUGCAAAUCUUGGGAUUCUUUUUAAUGUGGAAUUGAAUAUGCAAAUGCUCUUAAUGCAAUGCAAGGAGGCACUUGGUAGAAGAAAUAUGGAAUUUAAGAGAAUUUCAGUUUUUCCUCUUGCUUCAUCCUUUUUUAUAGAAAAUCCUGCUUGGAUUUGCCAUGAAAUGCUGAUUUUGUAGGAAAAACGUGCUGAGAAAAGAGUAUUGAAAUUCACCAUAUUUUUGGCAGGAUUAAUGACUGUACAGAAAUCUGACCUUAAUUUAUGGCGGAAUUUUUAUAUUAAAUAUUUUCAGGUAUCAGAAUUUUCAGCUCUCUGAAGAAUUUUAAGAAAGUAUUACUGGAUUUGAUAAAACCAAUUUUCAGUGAUGUCCUUGUCUCAGUUUGGGUUCAGAUGUUGUAAUUUAAAUACAUUCAAUUUUUCAUGUGAUAAAAGCAAUUUUCACUGAUCUCUUUGUCUCAGUUUGGGUUCACAGAUACUGUAAUUUAAAUAUGUUCCAAUUUUCUUUUGAUAAAACCAAUUUUCUGUGAUGUCUUUAUCUCAGUUUGGGUUCACAGAUGCUGUAAUUUAAAUAUAUUCAAUUUUUCAUUGCCUAAAUCCACCCCUAAACUUUGGGAAAGAUGUUUCUGUAAAUCCAUCAAUUUUUGAACCCGAAAAUAAUUCAGAAAUAAUGGCAAAUCCAUUUAUUUGUGCAGUUAAAUGUAUUUUUUAUUACAUAUCUAUAUACGUGUGUAAUAUGAUUUUUAUUUACAUUGCACUGGACAGCCUAUAGAAGGUUUAUAUUUUUAAAACUUAAGUCCUGAUAAAUUCUUCAUUAUUCAGUGUUUGGAUGUUUUCUUAUUGCUGUGUAACUGCUUUAAAUCUUCUCCAGAAAUGGCACUUUUAAUAAAAAAUAUUCAAAUAUUUUCUGGUGGAGAACGUUUCUGGUGACAAAUAUUGCUCAGUAAAAAUCUUAAUUUAAAUUAAAUUCUGCUCUGACUUCA